AUGCCUUUCUUCUCCAAAGUCUUCAAGAGCAAGGACGACGCGCACAAGAAGGCACAACCUCUCACCAAUGGCACAAAACCAGCAAAAAAGCAGUGGUCAGAUGCAUGGCUGCGAACGCGAGUCGACCCGGAGGAGGUCACAGAACUUCUGCACGCCUGCACGGCCGAGAUAAAAUCUAGAGCACUCGAUAUUCCAUUCCUCCUGCUACCGUUCCGACCAUCUUCAGAUCCCUCAGCAGCGAGAACAUUCGUCCGCAACUACUUCUUUCCACCGAACGAUCGAGAGCCAUUAACCGGUGAUGCCCUCACUACUGAACUGCGGAUGGCUACGCCGAUGGUCAUUAUAUCGGUAAUGAAAUGGUGUUGGGCAAGGCUACCUGGUGGUGUCGUGACUUGGGACACCUACGAAGUAUUCAAGGUGGGAGAGACUGACUCUUCCUACGCUCGUGAUGCGUUCAACCACUUCAUUCCCAUCGGUGCCGAAACGAAAGCACGAGUCCAAAUCAUCCGCGACUUCUUCGAAGUCAUUGCCGCAGUCGCCGCACAUGGCAAGACAAACGGUCUGUCUGCCUACAAACUCUCCCGCUAUGCCGGUUGGUGGGCCUUCAACCAUAUAGACACCGGCAAGGGCUUCGAUGCAGGAUACAAGUCCUGGGAAUCUGCUGCCGAUGCGGCGACACAUCUGUUCUUCGCGUACUUGCGAUCCGUCGCGCCCAAGGGAAAGACAAGCGGUGUCCUAAGUCUACCACGGUCUUUGCAGCAGAUUCUCGAAUCGACGCAGUAUCCGCCGGGCCGAGGAUUUAUCUCGAACGACACCACGAAACUGGUCAUGAUCGUCGAUGUUGUGUCACCGACUCCAUAUGCGCUUUUGCGACGUGCGAAGAAUUUUGAAUACAGAGACUCAGAUCAUGCCCUGCAAGAGUUUUCCAGUUUCGAGGAUCCAGUCAAAGCUUUGACGGACGAAUGUCGCCGCGUGUUGAGCGCUAUCUCCUCGACGAACGAGUCACAGGUUUCAAAUGCGAAAACGUCAACAAGUCUGUCAGAUCCAUCAUGGUCGCGCUUCGAAGACAUCGGCUUCGGCAGCACGCUCGACGAGGUCGAUGAACACAGCGGCUUCCUUGACACAAGACCCACGCGCCAUGUUAAUGGCACUCAAAGCGCCAUGGAUCUUGCGCGGCCCACGACUCCCAGUUGGGCCGAUUUUCUUUCUUCGGGAUUCGACGAGAACGGCAACAGAUCUGGUGCUCCUAUAUUGCUACCGCCAGACAAGGUCUUGCCGCCAAUCAACGCAGCAACGCGCGGCCAAAGCUCACAGUCGCAUCGAAGAAAUCUCGAGCCAAUGGAGCUCGACCCCGGAGAGCUAGCCAGUAUCUCUUCCGUCCACAUCGAUGAUGCUUUCUGGUGGGUAUGGAUUAGCAGUCUGGCUGUCGAAGAGCCACAGUCACGCAAGGCUGUCUUUGGCCGGUGCGCUUUGAUCGAAACCAUAUUCACCGACGGCCGAUGGAUGGUCAUGGAGGAGCAAGUCAAGGGCGCUGCACCAGAACCUCCAUCAGGUGCUUUCGUGACCGAGAAGAAGCGAUCGUUUCUUGGCUUCACUACAAAAGGCGGCCGAUUGACUCGACGUAGAUCUGGGAUUAAGAAAAGCCCGCUGAUACCCGAGACCAACGGCCAUCAACGCCCAAACAUUGCUCCCGACCAGCAAGCUCGAAUUCAGGAAACAGCUGCUGAGCUAAGUCGAAAGAAGGCUGCUGAGGAAGCAGCUGUGCGGAAGCGAGAACAGCCAAGUCAGGUUCCGGCCUCGAACCGCAACAGCACGUUCACGCUGGGACCAAAUAAGGAGGAAUUCUCUCCUGCCCUGGCAUGGGCCAAGAAAUAUGACAAAGAGACGAUUCGUGCUCAGUAUCUCGGUGACAAGUUGGCCGGGAAAGGAUCUCGAGAGCUGCUUACCUUGCCCUCCGAAGGGUUGAACCGAUCGAUGUCGUCAAUAUCGCGACAAGACACGAAAGAGCUGCCUCAGCCUCCUGCUGAACAAACGCCCGAGCAAGAGUGGCCUUCGCCUGCUCCGGCACAGAUGGAAACACCGACGAUCGUUGAGCCUGCCCCGAUGCCACCCGAGCCGACCAGACCUGCGGAUCCCAUCCCCCAAGAAGUGAGGGAAGCACCUCUCCCAGCCGCCUCGCCGGUGCCGACACCCAUACGCGAGAGCCCGCCAAACAAGCUGCGCAAAUCACAGGACGGCGGCCGCAGAUCACCAGAAGAGAAGCGCAACCGGAAGAUGGGACCUCCACCCGUUCAGAAGCAAACGGGCAUAAGACGCUUGUUCGGAACUAAGCGAUCCAAGUCAAAGGGAGCAGAAGAGCCCAAGCAGGCUACUCGUGAGCCUGAGAUAACGGACCCAGCGAUUCUGGCAGCACAAGCUGCUCUAGAAGGCAAGCCAGGCCUUGCGCCUGGUGGAACCGACUCGCCACCACUCAGUCCAAGCUUCUUCAACAAGAUGAAGACAGUCAAUCCAACAAAGCCAAACCCGACAAUCGAGCAGCCGCGGGCACCAACACCUCCAACGGAGCCAGUCACAGAGCCCGAUAGCCCAAUUCCUGGGGCUUACCCUGAGACCCCUGCAGACGAAGUCUACAUGGGCCCGCCACGAACACGCCGUGACGACGAGUACGAUCAGCUCUCGCGCGUCGAUACAAACGAACGUGAAGAUGCCGACAAGGAGUUCUCGAAAUUUGACCAGGGUCCUUUGGACGACCAGCCGGCCUUUGUGCCUGAUGACUCUCCCGUGCGAGAGCAAUUUCCGCCCACCGAAAUCAAGCGCAAACCUCAGCACCAAUCGGCAUAUUCAGCCGUGACGAUCCCGGUCGAAGAGUCUGAUGAGGACGAGGACGACGCGCCACCAGCCAUAAGCGCCACAGACAGAUGGGCACAGAUUCGAAAGAAUGCUGCAGAACGCGUGCGGCAGUCGGAAGAGCAGACCAGUCGCAGUAGAACUGAGACUAGGACCGACGAUGGAGAGACGAGCGGCGAAGAGACGAUUGAGUCACGCGUGGCUCGCAUCAAGGCUCGCGUGGCCGAGCUCACGGGCAACAUGGAGGCGACAAGACGAUAA